AAUAAUUUAAAAAUCAUAUUAAUAAACAUGUUUGGAUUUUUGUAAUAUUUAAAAUAGUUAUUAUAUAAUUAUAUUCGAAUACAAUUCAUCAAGUAGAAUAUAAAACUAUUAUAAUUAUCUUAUAUAAAAAUUUGUUCAUUAUAUUUUAUAGUUUAUAGAUAUUAAAAGUAAUAAAAUAUAACAUUAUUAAUCUUUCUAUACUUUCGAGAUUUAGUUGCCAUACAUUGAUAUUUGUAAUAUUCUUUAGAUUAUAUGGCAAGUGGUGUUAAAUGUUUUUAGACUUACCUUAAAUUUUUAGAUUUAAUUUAAAUAAAUAAAAAUUAAAAACUAUCGACCAAUCAAAUUAUAACAAUUUUUUUGAAAGUUUACCUAUGAACGACACGUCAUCAAAAAUCACUAAAGUGACUUCUCUUUUAAUGUAUAGGGGGAUAGGUAACAGCAGCUGAUUUUUUUUUUUAACUGAGAUUACUUAAAAUUAUUUACAAUCUAACAUGUCGCCAGAAAGAUUAAUAAGUGUGUUGGAUUUGUUAUCAGUUGAUACAACAAUAGUUCAAAUUUGAUUACAUAAGUUUAUUGAAUAAUUGUGGAAGAACAAAAUACAAGAAAAUAUAUAUUUUAUUGUUUUAAAUUUAAUGUCCUUUAUAACCGUUGAUGAGAUUGGAUUAUUUGAAAAAAAUUAUAUGUUUAAUAAUUCUAGAAAAAAAUAUAUAAAAAGGUAUAGUUUGUAAAUUCCCUUAGGUAAUGUAAACCGAUAGAUCGACACUAACGAACUACGGAAUAAACCUACGUGAAGACAUGAAAGAAACAAACAUGGAAAACACUAGUUUUUUUUUCAAAAAAAAAACACUAGUUUUGUUCAGUGAACAUCCACAAAUAAACUAUUCUUAAACACAUGAAUGAAAAUUACGGGCUUAAUUAUUAAUCGACUUUUAAAAUGUGUCUGGUCCAUUAAUAUUCCAAAAUUUUAAAAGGGACGCUAAAGAUAUUUUCUGAAAAAUGUUAAAUUAUCAUUAAAAAGAGAAUUUUCUACAACUUUUUUUUUAUAAUGCUCUAUCGACUGAUCCGGUCAGCUUUCAGAAAAACGUACUUUAUACUAUAUAUCUAUCACACCAUAUGAUCUAAGUUUGAAGUACUUUCCGACUAAAGUCAAAGAGGGACCGAUCAUCUGUUACAGCCAACCAUAUUAAUCACUUGGAUUCAAAAUUAAAUUAGUUCUGAGAGGAAUCGAGCUCAUGGUACACACUUGUGUGAUCUCAUUUCUCAAAUUGUGUGACUCUGUUCCCGUGUGACUUUGUUUCUCAACUUGUGUGAUUCUAUUUCUCUACUCGUGUCUAUUCCCGCAAAUCUUCUACUUCAACCAUAUUUAAUGAUCGAAAUACGGUUACGGACGCCUUUGUCAAUGAACAUUAGGAGAGUUGCACAGUUCUUAUUACUAUUCUUUUUGUUCCAUUUACUUUAGUUCGACGUUACCGGGUCGGGUUGGGUUGGAUCGAAGCAUCCAAAAAAUAACAUUUGAAAUCUCCGGUGUCAAACCCAGGAAUCAAGGAAGGAAGAACUAAAAUUUUGUAAGCUUUGGCGAUUUGUAAAAUUUUAGGUUUAUAUAAAAAGAAAUGUGGAUCAUAUAUUUUUUGGGUUUUAAAUGAAAAAACCUUUCAUUUAAAUAAAAUGCAAGAAUAAAAAAUUUCACCUGGGUCGGAUCGAAGAAUCUAAAAAAUAUCAUUUGAAACUCGGGUCAGAUUGUGCGGUAACCGGGAAUCAGGGAAGGAGUGACAUUCACAAUAAAUAAUAUCAAAGGAGGGAGGGCACAGGAGACGUGCGUACGCUCACUCACAGUAAUUGCCACACCCUAACUUCUCUGUCAAGUCAGGUUUAGAAAAUCUCUGCUUUAAUCUCUCUGUUCAUCUCUAUGCUCUGCUAUGAUAACUUAUGCUUGAAAAUGUGGAUGGGUUAUUAUAAGCACAAGAUCCUAGUAAAGGUUACUCUGGUCCCGGUGGUUCAACUUUCAUCUAUGGUCAUCACAUGAAAUCUAGUGAAUCUGCUAUCAUCCGUAUGUAAAGCCUCUUGAGAAAGUAACCCUAAUAAAUUACGUAUUGUUGAUUCAAGGACUGUACUUAAAAAGGAACAUGCUUUUUGAUGGGUCUCCUCUUUCCUCAGAAAGGUCUCGCUUGUACGUCAUGUAAUUCAUGAGAGUUGAGCUGCCAUGCAUAAAACUUAACGUACACUAUUCUCUCAAGAUGCAGAAUAUACUAUUCCACAAACCAUAUAAUAUACACAAGCUGUAGAUCGUCAUUUACUUUUGCUCUAAUCAGUUCUGCUAGGCUAAACUUUCGAACAGAAAAUGGGUGUAUUCCCUGGAUUUGGUAGCUGGAUCAAUCAGAACAGUCAACAGCCUCUUAAGGCCGAGUCCAAGAGAUCUGAAAAUGGCGAAUCUAAGUCGGCGUCAGAGAAAGACACUAAUAAUGCUCCUGCUAAGAAGAAGGAGGAGGUGGUAUAUUAUGAUGAAAAAGAGGACACGAGACAAGAAGGACUUUGGCAUGAAGCAGAGAAGAAGCAUCCAUGGCAUAAUCCACCUCCCAAGAUCAAGGUGACAAAUAAGAAGGGUCUUUACCAUAUGAACAUAGAAUUGACCGUGGGAACGACUCCUAAUAUUGUCUACUACGUGUUGACUGAAAGCAAUCCGUUUUUCGAUAGGAAGAAGUGGCGCCACCUAAUGAAAAACACAUCAAGAAAGGUUUUGAAGGAGAAUGGUCCGAGGCGGAUCGUCAUGGUAGAGAAAGCUGUGGCUUAUGACUUCCUUUCGCUGACGACUAUAUCUAUCCCGAUACACCUUACUAUGGAAGAAAACAGAAAAGAUCUUACGACAAAAUAUAAGAAAGAGAAAGUAUUGUUCAUGAAAGAGUUCCACGGCAACUAUAAAGUGGAGCCUAUAUAUGUAGAUCAAGAACGGUUGUGCAAAAAGAGGCUACCAAAGAGUCCAGAAGAAUAUAAAAAAUGUAGCGGUGGCCAAGGAAGGAUUGGGUCAAAAUUAACAAUAAACCAUUACUUCCAACCAUAUCCUCCAUUUAGUCUACCUCCGCUUUCUUGGUUCAUCCGUGGGAUCACCAUCAAAACCUCCAAAAAAUUGCUCAACUUGCUUCAGGACAUGGCUUUUUCUUUACGACAAGCAGGGCCACCCUCAGAAUAAGCCAUCAAAGCGAGAGGAAACGAUGUUGUUGAACUACAUAAUUUUUAGAAAAUCAGAAGAUUAUUAGUAAACAUAUAUACAAAAACUGUUUAUCGCGUAUGAUUAUUUUGGUAUCGACUACCGCAGCUGAAAAUUGUUUUUUUUUUUAUAAGUUGAAACUACUAAAAGUUAUUUGUGUUUUUAACAUAUCAUAAGAAAGAUUAGAUGGACUGGAUUUGUUAUCAA